GCCGAGUCCAAGUGGGAGUUCUUGGUUUAACUUGGAAGUGAUCAAAUCUGUGUUAUGGUUGGCGGAACUGAGACUGGUGGAAAGUAGGUGUUUCCACUUUCUGAGCUGUCGGAAAUGCAGAUGCGACUGGUGGAAAGUAGAUGUUUCCACUUUCUGAGCUGUCGGAAAUGCAGAUGCGGCCGUAGCAGAAGGGAGGGCAGGGUCGAUCAUUGGGAAAGGAGGGCAGGGUCGAUCAUCGGGAAAGGGAGCUGUGGUGGUCGAUCUUCCCGAAGCGGGCAGACGAAGGGGGAACUGCAUUUGGGAAUUUUUGCGAUCCUGAGCACGUUAGCAUCAGGCGAGGGCGAACUGCAUUUGGGAAUCGUUGUGAUCCAGAGCACGUUAGAUCUAUGAAGCGCACAGACGAAGGGAGAGUUGAAGUUGGGGGAUGUCGGGAAUGCAGAUGCGGCCGUAGCAGAAAGGAGGGCAGGGUCGAUCAUCGGGAAAGGGAGCUGUGGUCGAUCUUCCCGAAGCGGGCAGACGAAGGGGGAACUGCAUUUGGGAAUCGUUGUGAUCCAGCGCACGUUAGAUCUAUGAAGCGCAGAGACGAAGGGAGAGUUGAAUUUGGGGGACCGUUGCGAUGUAGAGCGCGUCAGGACGACAGAUCCCUGAAGCGGACAGACGAAGGAGUAACUGCAUUUGGGAAUCUUUGCGACGUAGAGGGCGUUAGCAUCAGGGAAGGGAGGUACGGCAGAUCUUUGAAGCGCACAGUCGAAGGGGGGAACUUCAGCUGGGAGCCUGUGCGAUGUAGAGCGCGUUAGCACGAGGCGAAGGAGGAGAUGCAUUUGGCAAAGUCUUUGCGAUGUAAAAAAGUGCGUUAGCAUCAGGGAAGGGAGGUACGACAGAUCUCUGAAGCGCACAGACGAAGGGGGAACUUCACCUGGGAUCCUUUGCAAUGCAGAGCGCGCGAGAGCAUCAGGGACAGGCGGUACGACGGAUGUUUCUCUCUGAAGCAGACAGACGCAGGGAAAGGGAUCUGGGAGCUGGUGAGAUGUCGAGCGGUUAGCAUCAGGAAAGGGAGGUGCGAUACAUCUUUAUCUUUAAAGCGAGGACAGACGGAGGUAACGGUAGGUUGGGAGUUUGUCGGAUGUGUUAGAACGUUGGCAAAGACGGCUUUGCAUGUUCUCUCUUUGGUCUCUUGUUGCAGUCAUGCUUGAAUGCUGAACCGCUGUACGCGUAGAAGAAUUGCCUGCAAUUUGGUAGUAUGCGAGUAAGAAAGAGUAGGUCUCGCUCGACCACUCUCCGAGCAAAAUGGCUUGUCGCGGUGUUCAAGCGUAAUUUGACUCUCUCUCUCUCUCUCUCUCUCUCUCUCUCUCUCUCUCUCUCUCUCUCUCUCUCUCUCUCUCCGAAUCUGACAGCCAAAAUGGGUUGCAGCGUUGGUAGAAGAGGAUGGAUUUCGUUUUCAACGGACGGAAUGGCAGUAGGAAAAGAAAGAAAAAGAAGAGAAAAGAAGAGAAAAGAUAAAGACAAGUGUGUUGGUGGAGGGAGUCAUUGUCCAAGGUUGGAGACGUGGCCGCCGGCAGCGGGGCUGCCGUGGUGGAAGGAACGGCAUGUUGUCCACCGGACCUCCAGAAUCGGCGAGGGUGUUGGGGUUGCGGUCUACCUUUUACCUUGCGAGUUGGGAGAGAGAAAUGAAAGCAAGGAUGGUUGGUAGAACAAAAAAAAGGCAAAGAUGGUUGGUAGGUGAGCUAAAAACGGAUGGGCAGCACGCUUUUCAGUUUUUUUUCCUGCAGGAUCGACGAAUGGUCGGGCGGGGCCCUUUCCCGCCCCCUCCCCAACUGAUAACUACUGAGUGUUUUUCUUUUACCUCGGGUGAACCAACGUUUACUUUCUUAGACGUGGGUGUGUAAUUGACCUUUGUCGUAGGCAGUGUUGAUCGGGAAAAACGGGCGCAAUAGUUUGUGUCCAGAGGUGCUGGUGAUUGUAUUGCUUGAGGGCCAAGCCUAAUCCUGCAGGUACCGAACAGGGGCAUAUCUCUUGGGGCUAAGCAGGUCCUACGGACUAACUCAGAGGUGCCGUAGAAGGGCUGGAACUCUCCACUUGAGGUCUAAGUACUCUUCUCUUGCAUUGACUAUCCACUCUCCCUGCAUUAGUGCUCUCUCUCUCUCUCUCUCUCUCUCUCUCUCUCUCUCUCUCUCUCUCCCAGCCCCCCCUGUUAAGUUCUGUUGGUCUUCAGUCUUCGCAGUUUCUCUAUGGUAACCACUGGUCGGCUACCCGGUAGCGUUGAACUCCCAUUUCUGCUCCUGCAGGCUGAGGGGACUCUGGUGGGUGUACAGGCAGGCAAUGUUUAUCUGAACAGCGAAUACUGGGCACUAUCUGAGAAAGGUUGGUUUUAUUGCAAGGUUCCCUCUCAUUACGAGUGGGCAAGCAUCUGGCCUGUCCAAGACAUCUGCAAUUGAUUACCUGUUAGAGGGACAGUUCUUUGAAUACUAUCCUUAGGCGGUCUUCAACUUGCUAUUCUGGAAGAUGGAUUGGACUCUGUGGACUAGAGUGCAGGCACCUAUCGACUGACAAUAAGUUUGCAAACGUAGUCCCGCUACUAGGCUAAUGAGUGCUGUCAUUGUAUUUGGACCCCACUUGUAG